AUGGACGUCUGGGAUCCAUCCUUAUGGCUGCCCAGAAAUAUUUCAUGGGAUCAAGUACCCGCCAAAACCGAAGAUCUCAUUUAUCCAUUUUAUUUUGCUCUGCCAUUUGUUUUUUUUCGAAUUCUCUGGGAGGGUUUAGUCGGUAUCCCAGCUAGUCAUCUAUGCGGUUAUAACAGCGGUCCAUUAAUACCCAAUGCACUUCAGCACAUUUUUGGCGGAUUUACUAGAAAUACCAGACAAAAACGAAUAUUGGAAUGUUUCUGGCGUUUUAGCUUCUAUACAUUUUCUUGGAUUUAUGGACUUUACGUGCUAUGGGACAAAUCUUGGUUCUGGGAUGUGAAAAAUUGUUGGAUUGACUAUCCAUUUCAUCCAAUCGAUCAAUCGAUUUGGUGGUAUUACAUGUUGGAAACAUCUUUUUACUACUCACUUCUUCUCGGGGCAUUCUUUGAUGUGAGACGAUCAGAUUUUUGGGAACUAAUGACUCACCAUUUUGUCACCAUCGGACUUUUGUCGGUUUCUUGGACGAUCAAUUUUGUUCGAGUUGGAACUCUAGUACUGGUUUCUCAUGAUGUCUCUGAUAUUUUCUUGGAAGGCGGAAAACUUGUCCGAUAUUCGGGUGUCCACAAAACCCUUACCAACAUUUGCUUUGUCUUUUUUAUGUCAAGCUGGAUACUCACAAGGCUUACCUAUUACCCAUUUGUGGUGAUUCGAUCUGCGAUUUUUGAAGCUGCAAAUCUCAUUCAACCCGAUUAUGAGCUAUAUAACCCUUUUCAGGUCCCAUAUGUUCCUCGUUUGAUCAUUCUGCUAUUGGCUGCUUUGCUCGUUCUACACAUUUUCUGGACAGUAAUCAUUGGAAGAAUAGUCGCUCGAACAAUCACCGAGGGAGAAGCAGCUGAUGUUCGAUCAGAUGAUGAAGAUGAAGAAGAAGAACAAAAAGUGCGCCAAUUGCGAGCAGCAAAAACGAGGACUAGAAAGGCUGAU